AUGGGUGGCUGUGUUUCUAAGACAGAACGGGAGGAAAUUCACGAUUCUAAAUCCGGUCUGGUUCAAAAAAGAACUGGUCAAACCGUUAAGAGCUCCAAUGGCAAUAAUGAAAAGAGUUCAAGCGAUAAACCUGCAGUAAAGAAGGAAAAACCCGAAUCUCCAAAAACUACCGCUACUGAUACUGCUAUCAAUUCCUCCGGAAAACCAACUUCGAGCACGGUCGUUGCUGGCAAGCGACAGCAGUCCGUAGUUUCUUCUAAUAGUGCACAGUCAACGGGGCCAUCCAUGGGCUCUUUAUCUAAACCUGGUAGUGGAUCCUCUGACACGGGUAAAGCUCUCAAAGUACUGCUAUUAGGAUCUGGUGAGUCGGGUAAGUCGACUGUGCUACAACAACUAAAAAUCUUACAUCAGAAUGGGUUUUCAAACGAGGAGCUAAUGGAAUAUCGUCCCUUUAUCUAUGACAAUAUUCUUGAGACUGGUAAAGACAUUGUGAAAGCUCGUCUACGCUUUGAGGUGCCUCUGGAAGAUGACUCAGAGCUGAACGAUGAUGAUUUGCAAGAGGUUCUCAAUUUUCAACCACAAGCUACCCAACUUGUAGAGUUUCCUUCAAACAUGAAGGAAAUUUUGGUCAGAUUAUGGUCAUUAUCGUCCACACAGGAAAUGCUCACAGGAGAGCAUAGAUCCUCUUUUUACCUGAUGGAUUCUGCUCGCUACUUUAUGACCGAACUAAAAAGAGUUGCCAGCCUCCAGUAUACUCCUACCGUUAGAGAUGUCCUUUUAUCAAGAAAGAAAACGUCGGGCAUAUUCGACACCAUUGUCGAAAUGGAUGCGAAUCUAAAGUUGCAUAUAUAUGAUGUUGGUGGGCAGAGAAGUGAGCGUAAAAAAUGGAUUCAUUGCUUUGACAAUGUGACAUUGAUCAUAUUUUGCGUUUCUCUGUCUGAAUACGAUCAAACUCUGCUUGAAGAUAAGAACCAAAAUAGACUUGAGGAAUCUCUCAUUCUUUUCGACUCUGUUGUCAACAGUAGAUGGUUUGCAAGAGCCUCUGUCGUUUUGUUUUUGAAUAAGAUCGACAUUUUUGCUGAAAAAGUUCAACACGUACCAUUAGAGAAUUAUUUCUCAGAUUACACUGGCGGCCAGGAUAUCAAUAAGGCCGCCAAGUAUAUUUUGUGGAGAUUUGUUCAGUUGAAUAGAGCGCAUCUGAAUAUCUACCCUCAUGUCACGCAGGCCACCGAUACUUCCAAUAUAAAACUAGUUUUCGCAGCUAUCAAGGAAACUAUCUUGGAAAAUAGCCUGAAAGAUUCUGGGGUUUUGUGA